AUGAACUUUGAACAAUUAAAAUACAAUGAUUUUGUCCUUUUGGUUACUUAGCACAUAGUCCAAAAAUAGUUCAAUUAGCAUAAAUCUAGAAAAAAUCAAACGAAUGCAGAGCAGACUUUAAAUAAUUAACCUCCAAGUGCCAAUUCUUAAAAUAAAGGUAGGAAUAUCACAGUCCUGACUAAUGUUCCUACUCCUCUUGAAAAAUAUUUAAAACCAUAUUUCAAGAAUAGCAGGCAAAUUAAAAAAUCUCCUUUUAAAGGUUCAAAAGAAAAAUUGAAAUUAGAAAUUGAGAAACUGCCUCCACUAAUCAAGUUAAUUUAGGUGGCUGAAUACAAAACUAAAUUUGAGGAACACAACGAGGCUUUAGAUUUGAUUUAGCAAUUCAUUAGUAGAGAUCAUUUGUAAAACCUUUGUGAGUGGAUGACUAAUGAAGUCUAAUAAUAAAGAAAGUAUCAACAUCAGCCAGUUUAAGGUAUAUUCAACUUUAUGAAGUUGUUCGGAUUAUACUUGUAUUUCUAACAAUAGAGAAAUCAUGGAGAUCAACAGUUAUUUGACAAAGAGUAUAAAUUAGCAAUGGAGGAAAUAAUGCAGGUUAAAGACUAAUUUGAAGAUAUGGGAAUCUACUUUGAGAACAGAUUUCGAUUUAUCUAGCUUAGACAUUAUGUGAUCUACAGGGAAAUAAGCAGAAAAGAUUGUAGCUUCACCUUAUUUAUGGAAGAGUAAAAGAAGGAGAUAGAAAAAGUAGAAUAAUAGAUUGAUAAAAAUGAGGAAUUCUUUAAAUUGACAUUUUGUACAGUUUAAUUAGAUGAUUCUGUAUACUAUGCUAAAAGAUUUCUCGCUGCUAUAGAGAACCCAAAUAUAAUGAUGAAAGUUAAAGAUAGCUAGGCGAUUAACGAUAAAGAAUAGGUCAAAGAACUUAUAAAAGAAAACAUGAUUGAGAUAUAAAAUACUUUGAGCGGUAUUGUUAAUCGCAGUGUCUAUGUUUACCUUGACUAAAGAUUUGUGAUAGUAAGAAAAUUAGCAAAGUGUGAUCCUCACUCAUUUCAAAAGGAACUUCGAGAUAUCUUUAUGAUGAGAUUUAAUUUGGGUAAAUACUUUGAAAAAGUUUCUGAUUUCGCUUAUCCUUACUUUAUGAAUGUAAGAGAGAUGGCGCAUAUUAUGAAAUACUACAAUAUGGAAAGACUGCCUAUAUUCUACGCGGAAAAAUGCAAACUUUUAGAUAAAAAUAGAGUUCCUGCUUUCCUCAAGCGUAAAAUUAUAGCGGAUUUUGGGUAAAAGUUUGGAUUAGGCUUAAGUGUUCCUAUGUAAGUAAAACUUACUGGAAAGAGAUAAGCAGAUCUAUUUCUUGAAGAUGAGUAGCAAUAUGAAUUAAGACAAAGAAAGAAAAUUGACGAUACAAAAUUUGAAGAUAUCUUUAAAAGUAAUUAACAACAAGAAUACUUCUAAUUAAAUUAAUUAGCUUUUGACAAUGAACCAAUCAUUGAUUCUGAAGAAAAAGUUGAUAAUGAAGAUGGUUUGAUAAAAACAUAAAAUCUCUAAAGAUAAUUUGAGGACAAAAAAACUUAAUGA